AUGGGGCUCUCAACUUUGCCCCACGAGGGCAAGGACAAUUCCGAUGACCUCCCCAUCGACAAGAUCAGCCGCGGAUUGUCUUCUCUCAAAACCUCUCACCGACUCAACCAAAUUGACCGGGUACGAGCCCUGGGGGUUGGCGAUCACAUUGCGCUGCCGCAACUCGUGGUAUGUGGUGACCGGUCUGCAGGCAAGAGCUCCGUUCUCGAAGGAAUUAGCGGAUGCCCAUUCCCACGUCAAGAUGGCCUCUGCACUCGCUUCCCCAACGAGAUCGUGCUUCGACACAACACCGCCAUCAGCAGAAAGGCAGCCAGCCUCAUACCCUCUCCCUCGCGUACUUCUCAAGAAAAAGACCUAUUUGCUGCCUUUAGCCGCGAGUUUGAAGACUUCGACGAGUUGCCCGGUAUUAUUCAGGAAGCCUCUCGUUUGAUGGGUGUCCGAUGUAGUGAAUUCUCAGAUGCCCCCGCCUUUGCUACGGACGUCCUUCGACUGGAAGUGGUGGGAAAUACCGGGCUACAUCUGACAUUGGUCGAUCUUCCGGGGUUGAUCUCCGUCUCGGAAAAUCCCCAAGACAUUGAUAUGGUGCGGAGGCUGGUCGACUCUUAUCUUGAGAGCUCGCGUACCAUUAUUCUCGCCGUCAUACCAGCUACCAGCGAUGCUGAGACACAGACCAUCAUACAACGGGCGCGACACUUUGACAAGGAUGGUAUCAGGACCAUUGGCGUUAUUACAAAGCCUGACCUGAUCAAUAAAGGUACCGAGGAACGUGUUGCACGUCUAGCAAAGAAUUUGGACCGCACCAAGCUACAUCAUGGGUUCUUUCUCAUGAAGAAUCCAUCUCCAACAGAGUUGGAGAUGGGUGUCACUUUCCAGCAACGUGCUCAAGCCGAGUUGGACUUUUUCUCAAGCGCAUCUUGGAAGGCUCAAGGUCUCGAUGGAACAAGAGUCGGCAUUGAAAACCUUCGUCGAUUCUUGCAAGAAAUCUUGGACAGUCACAUUGAGCGAGAGCUUCCAAAGGUGCGAGAAGAAGUGCAUCUUCUUCUCAAAGGGCUUCGUAAAGAAAUCGCCCAUCUAGGACCCGAGAGAUCCCAGCCAACUCAAAUUCGCAUGUUCCUUACUCGGGUCAGUACCGAGUUCCAAUCGGUUGUGAAGAAUGGUCUCGAGGGAAAUUACGACGCCCGUGACGGAACAUCCUCUCCAAAAGGCGAUGUGAACACAGAUUGCCAUCUUCGUGCCGUAAUCCACAUCGCAAACGAAAAUUUUGCCGACUUCAUGAGGAUGCAUGGUCAGCAGCGCAAGGUUGUCCCCGACACGGACGAAGGCGACGAUCCUUGUGACAAAGACUAUGCAAGCGAUGCUGCCAAUGAUUCCCCUAGCGAUGUUGCUGAAGGUAAUGGCGCUUCUCUUGGCAAAAAGGACGAAGCGACCCAAGGUGAAGAGGUGCUUGUGACAAAAAAGGAAAUGUUGGCAUGGGUGAAAAAAAUGUACCUUGAAACCAGAGGCCGAGAGCUACCAGGCAACUACAACCAUUCCCUAUUGAAGGGAUUGUUCCAUGCCCAGUCUUAUUCGUGGGGUAAAAUUUCCCAAUCCCACGUAGAUAGCGUCGUGUUACUUGUGACUCAAUACUUGAGCUCUGUGUUCAAGUCUGUCCUUGAGGACACCACAGUUCGUGAAAGGGUGUGGAAGAAUGUGAAGAUUGCCCUUGACAAGAAUAUUGAAGAUUCUCAUGAAGAACUCGGCAAACUCUUACAGGAUGAGCAAGGGCAUCCAAUCACCUACAACCACUACUACACCGACAACAUCCAGAAGGCGCGACAUGAGAAUACGAAAGAACAUCUCGAAAGCGCGGUGAAAAAUGCAAUCCAGCCAACUUAUCACGGCAGGUCAAAUUCCGCUGGCACUCAAGUCGACAUCAGCAGACUAGUUGAUUCGCUACAAGCCCGGAUUGAGGUCAACAUGGUGGACCGGGCUUGCUCCGAGGCGCUGAUAGAUCUUGAUGCCUACUACAAGGUCGCCAUGAAAACCUUUGUGGACAAUGUAUGCCGACAAGUGAUUGAACGACACGUUCUCGCCCCCCUGCCAGGCGUGUUUGACCCGACUGUUGUCAGCGGCUACUCGGACGAAGACUUGUUGCGCUUGGCUGCAGAGUCACCGCAAACUAGUCAUCGUCGUGUUGAGGCUAUCAAAUUGCAAAAGACUUUGAAGCAAUGCCUCCAGGAGCUUUCGCUGUGA